AUGACGUGCCGGACGCACGAGGGCCCUCGUUCGCAGCAGGAGACGCUGGCGCUGCUGCUCAAGGGCUUCUCGCCCAACUACCGCGGCGACCCGAACCUGGCGCGCAACCAGUCGGCCAUGAUCCCGGACGACGCCAACUGCAGCCUCUUCCUGGUCGGCCUGGCGCCGGACCUGACGACCCACGAGCUGCUGUCGGGCAUCCGCGGCGUCGGGCGCGUCUUCGCGACACACAUCAACCCGCCGGCGCCGGAAAGGGGGCAUGCGUUCAGCGCUGCGAAGGUCGUGUUUUUCGAGCGCCGCGGGGCUGAGCGCUUCUACAACAAGUUCGCGGCCACGGGCUACAGCACGCCGCGCAGCCCGCACCUGCGCGCGCGCGUGUCGUGGAACCGCAUCCGGUCGGCCGAGGUCGACACGGGCGGGACCCGCUCGCGGGUGCUGCUGGUCAGCGGGCCGCCCGCCGUCGUCAACGAGGCAUUUUUGUGCCGCUACCUCGACACCAAGCUGGUGUACCAGCUCGACGAGGUGAUCUGGCGCGGCAUGAGCAAGGACGGCGGGCGUGUGCUGCUCGAGGUCCGCUUCGGCAGUUUCCGCUGCCAGGCCGAGGCUGCGCGCAUGGCGCUCAUGAGGGAGUUUAGAGAGAUCGGGGUCGUGUGCGAGUAUGGUAAGUGA